AUGGGCAUAUCAAACUGUCGACCGCUUGCUCACCAGAGUCUGGCGGGUAUUGUUCCAACCGGCAUGUCACUCGGACGGGGUGGGCCAAGGCAGAAGAUUGCUCUGGCUGACUGUGCUCUGGCUGUUCAGGCGGGCUGUCAUGAUAUCCCCUCUUGCGUUGGUCUCGCCUUUCUGGCUCUCUUCUUUUCUCGGCAGCUCUUUUACUCUUCAACUCCCCUUCUUCUCCUCCUCCUCCUCCUCUUCCCCCUUUUUUCCUCUUCCUCCCGAGCCCAGCCUCGGGCGCAACUAAAGCCGGGCCAGUGCGGAAGUGGCAACAGUUGCGAGUUGGUCCGAGGGCUCAGACAGCCAAUAAACCUGUCUCGUGAAAACCGUCUCAUUUCUCAAUUUCACUUUCACUUUCACUUUCACUUUUAUUUUCACUUUCACUUUUUCCCAUUUCACUUUCAAUUCCACAACCCGUCUCCGUGGGGUAAUCGCAUCAGGUUUGUGGUUGCCAUCUAUUGCACCGUUUACUCGGUCGUCUGCAAUUGUUGCAAAGCAGCACAUGUUGAGAAUGUGCCGCGCUCCCCGAUGGCAUGGCCGACUGGGGACGGAUUUCCUGUCGAGCAUGCAGUCUUUCAGGCCUUUUUUCCCGUUUCAUUGCCUCCCUUCAACCCUUUCGUCUCGCUCCACAAGCCGACGAUCCUCGCUGCUCGCUGCUCGCUGCUCGCCCAAAACCAAUUCGGCUCACUUUUAUAA